UUCGCGCUCUGGUCCGGUGGGGGGAGGUUGAGGGGGGGGGCUUCCCUUGCCUUGCCUUGCCUUGCCUUGAGGAGCCGCAUCCAGGAGCCCGGCCGGGAUUCUUGGCUGGAGGGUGCCAGUGUCACCAUGGUGAAGAUCUUUGUCGGGGGGCUGUCUCCCGCGGUCACGGCAGAGGAGCUCAGAAAACUCUUUGAGCAGUACGGGCUGGUGAACGAGUGCGACAUCUUGAAGAACUUUGCCUUCGUGCACAUGGAGAAGGAGGACGAGGCGCACCAGGCCAUCAGCGCCCUGCACAAGAGCGACUUCUACGGGGCCCACCUGACCGUGGAGUACGCCACCUCCAAGAUCCGCAACGCCACCAAGAUCUACGUGGGGAAUGUCUCUGCCAAAGCCACCACCUCCCAGAUCAGGCAGCUCUUUGAGAGGUUCGGCAAAGUGGUGGAGUGUGACAUUGUGAAGAACUACGCGUUUGUCCACAUGGCCAAAGAACGGGAAGCUAUGGAUGCCAUCUUGAACCUUAACGACACCCCGCUAGAGGAACAGAAAAUCUUUGUCACCCUCUCCAAGAGCAACAACACCCUCCGGGCCGCUAAGGGGGCAACUGUGCCAACCCCACCUCCCCCAUCCCCAAGUUACUACUUCUCCAGGGGGCGCAUACCGCCCCCACCCCCAGCUUACACCCCCUACUGCCCCCGCACCUGGUACGAGAGAGAGUACUGUGACCGCUACUCCUACGAGCUCUACGACCGGGCCCGGGCAGCCUACGACCGGGCCUUGCCUCCACCCCCUUCCCCAGCCGCUUAUAGAGAGAGGAGCCCUGUGAGCAGGCGGACAGCUACCCCCGCUGCCACCGCCGUAGUGGCCCAGUACGCCGACCCUUAUGCGGCUGCUGCGGCUGCGGCUGCUGCUGCUACUGCUGCCGCCAACCAGACGUACAGCCAAGCCUACAACCAGCCUGGCUACGCGGCAGCAGCCGCAGCCGCUGCCACUUACUCCCAGUACAGCAUAGGCACUGCCUACAAUGUGGCAGAGUACUAUGAGAGGUAUGCCAGCGCUUACGCUGCCCAAUAUGCACAGACAUUCUGAGCAUGGUGCGCCCCACCCAGCAGUAAAUGUCUUGAGGUCCUUGACUGAAUAGGGGAAAAGAGGGUGGUGGUGUGGGGGUGGGAAGGGAACAUCAGAAGAGCUUGCUGGAUCAGGGCAGUGGCCCACCUAGUCCAGCAUCCUGUUCUCACAGUGGCCAACCAAUGCUCCAAUAGGAAGCCCCCAAGCAGGACCUGAGCACAAGAGCACUCUCCCCUGCUGCAGUUUCCAGCAGCUGGUAUUUAGAAGAAGAAUUUGGCGGAGAAGGGAGGGAGUGGUCCAGAGCCAAAUACACACGCGUGAAUGUGCACGCGCUCACACCCCCCCCCCACCCCAUGUUGCUGGGAAGGAAAAGUUUAGGAGGUGGGAUACAUACCUAGUAAUGUGGUGCAUAGUCUGUGUGUGCACGCAUGCGCAUGCAUUGUGUCCAGCCCAUGUAUAUGUGUGUUUGUGUGUGUGUAUAUGGUUAUACACACACACAUCUGCAUUGUGUAGAUUUUUUUGCAGGUUCCUUGUAGGCGACGUUGCAGCGGUGGCUCUGAGACCCUUUGCUGAUCACGCUCUUAACCUGCGCUGACUUUUUACUUCAGCUUUUUCCUUCAAAGGUUGGUGAUGCUGCAUUUUUUGUUCUGCCCCCCCCGUAUCCCUCCAGCCCCCUCCUUUCUCUUCCUUUUUCGUCUUUCCCUCAAUCCGGUCGUUACCUUAAAAAGCCUGCUUCGAAGACCCGUCGCUCUGCCUCGCCAACCCCGCCUUUCGAAUCCGCCACAAGCCGAAGACGGUUUUGCUCGCAGAAACGCCUCCGCUUUUCCAAACUCCUUCCUCCUCCUCGUGCCCAAAGCAACAGGCGUUUGCCAGCCUCCGAACUCUGCCGGCCCAUUCUUUGCUUGCCUCACGUUGUGGUUGUGGUUGCGUGCCGAUCUCCGAUUCCUGUAGCCACUCGGCCAGACUCCUUAGCCUGGGAGGCCUGUUCUUUCUUUGCUUUGCUGUAUUCCUGGGUACCUUUUUCUUUGUUUCUUGCCUUUGUAUUGUUGGUUAACAGAGUUUGUUCUUGUUGCAGCAACUAGUUUGCUUUUUAUUUUUUAAACGUUGAUCAUUAAAUGGCUUUUAUGGAACCUCUCGCGUCUCGUCGUAAAAAUAUACCCGCCCUCCGCCACGGUCCGACUUCGCCUUGGCCUCCUACUCUGUGCAUGGGGGAGUUGCUCACGUUUGACUUGCUGGUCUGUGUCUCCCAGGAUCUCUGCCGCAUUCCCACUUCCGUUAACUGCCUUCCCUCCCUCCCUGUGCUCCUCUCUUUUGGUUCUGCCACUGCCAAUGCCACUAACUCUGCCUCUCUGGCUCGUAGAGUUCGGGAAACCUUUGCAACAGCCGCAGCCGUAGCCUUGUGCCAAUUCUGGAUCCCGUCUCUUUGGCCGUGCCUUUGAAACUUUGGGGCUGGCUAACAGACAGCCUGGGCUGGGCAUCUCAUGUUUCUUUAACCCUGUUUCCCCCCACCCUCUUCCCACUGACUCUCUCUUUCUGUGGACAGCUGCGUCUGGAAAGAGCAAGGGGAUCUCGGGUGCCCCGCAAGCAGGCAAAGCUGACCUGAAGCGACUCAGCGCCUCUGCCCUGCCCUCCGGCCAGCUGACAAGAUCACGAAGCUUCUGCAAGCGAAUCUCCGACCUCUCCCUGCCUCGUGCUCUUAGAGCAGGCUUUGGGAAGAUAUCAGGCAUUGGGAUGGUGGCUGGUGAAAGCUGGGCCUGGAAGGGGAUUGUCUGGGUAUGAUUCUUCCCUGUCUGUAUCACAACAUCCUCUUCCUUUGUUCCACCCAGGAGGAGGGGAUCGGUUUGCUGUGCUGCUGGGCGCCUGGCACAGUUCUCUGGCUGUAGCUCGAUGGCUACCCCAUGCAAUAUGGGCCAUUUGAGCCCGCCUGUGCUGCUGGCCUUGCUCUUUGCUGUGGCUUAAAGCCUGAUUUUGUCUCUCUGGGUCUGAGAUGUAAAGAAGCUAGCCGCCCACCCCUCCUGAUUCCCGUGGUUUGUUUUAGAUUUCCCUCUGUCCUUUCCAUGACGUGCUGUGGGAACUGAGCUGUUCGCUGGUGGAUUCCCCGACAGCAGAGCCACAUCUGAACUCGGGGCCUCAUGGCAUGGGGAAGCCAGCGAGGUAAGCAUGCUCUUUCUCCUGCCCCAUUGGGGGAGGGAUGAUCCUUUGCAGCCCAGGGUUAAGGAGGGAGAAGUGGCUGUGAGGGUGGGUGCUCACCAUAGAGCAGACCCUGCAGGCCAGACCAUCAGUCCCAAAGUCCUCUCCUAGGCUUCUUGUACGUGAGCCUCAGGCAGUCUCCAUACCAUGCCUUUGAAGCACAUUGAAACCACAUAUUCCUCCCCUCCCCCGGAUCCUGGGAACUGUUGUUUCUUAAGGGUGCUAGGAAUUAUAGCUCCGAGAGGGGUAAACCUCUGUGAGCUUCCCAGGGUUCUUUGGGGGGGGGGAUGUGCUACAAAUAUACUUUGAAGGUAUUGUGUGUAUGCAGCCUGAAGUUCAUCUGUGGCUUCCUCUGGUGCCACUACAAAGCCCCAUGUGGCUUGGCUGUGUGGCUUCAAGAACCCUUCAGUCACACCAGGCACAACCUAAGGUGAGUACCAGGCUGAGGCAAGAGGAAAGUCUCUAGUGGAUCCCUUGGGAGACACCUCCAGCCCUCACUCUCCUCCCCAGGAGCCAUUUGGGCUGGGACCCCUCCUCUCGCUCCCUUCCCCCUUUCUUCUCCUCCAGGUAGGGCUGUGAGCUUUGCCCCUAGUGCUCGGAUACAACAGAGGUGCAUUUGCACCCUUCUGGCUCGGCUGGGGGGGUUGUGGGGUUCAGAAUCACAGCCUCACCUCUCUCUUCCCCCCCCCCCCAGGUUUGUGUGGGGUUCGCUUUCUGGCACUAACUCUUGCUUGGGAGACUGAAAGGGGCGAGGCCAUAGGCCACCUGCUGCAUUUUGACCCAGGGGAGGCUUCCACCUGGCUGUGUCCAGUUUGGCUUUGUGCCUGUGUGGCCCUCAGUUGCCAGCUCUGGCCUCUUCCCACAGCAUCACAUUUGAGGCAGGGGGUGGGGUGGCUGGAGUCCAGCUCCCCUCUGGCAGUGUGGCCAGGGAUGGUGAAAGUUGGAGUCUGGCAACAUCUGGCGGGCCCCCACAGGUCCUGUGUCCACUCACACUUUUAAGGGGAGAAAGAGAGUGGCUUCCUUUUCCGCCUUGAGCAGCAGAGCAAGGAGAGGGCCCGAGUGUGAGAGAUGCCAGAUUCUUCUCCUGUGGUUGCUGCUGCUGCUGCUGCUGCUGCAAGGUCUUCCUGGCCCCAAAGGAGUGGAAGCACCUCUGCCAGGUGUCCGUGGAAGGAAGCACUUUCUUUGGGAAACCAUCAGUGAGUGUGAAGGGAAGGUGGUGUGUGCGGAAGGCAUCACGCUGAGGGAGGGCAGAGCUGUGCAGGCGGGUGAGCAGGGGUGGGAUGCAGCUGUGACCUUUGCCCAGUCAUGCCAACACCUGAGGUUUCUGCACGGGCUUUCGCUAUCCUUAGCCAGGCCAGCAAGCGAGAGGCAUUUGCUCUAUUCAGGGACGCUCCCCAGCAAGGCAGAAGGGGCAGGUCAACAAGGGGUAUCGCCUGGGGAGAAUCUUGAGGGCUAGAGGGAGACCGAAAGGGCCACGUGGCACUCUCUGGCUUGAUAUCCCCCAGCCCUGGUUUAGCCCAAUAUGGCCUGCUCUGACUGGCAGCAACUGUCCAAAGUCUCACACAGAGAAGGGCCUUUCCUGACGUCACCUGAUUCCCAAUCCUGGGAAUGGAAUCUGGGACCUUCUGCAUGUAAUCUACCUCUGAGUUUUGGUCUCUUCCAUCAAAUAAUAUUGGAGCAUAGGCCAGUAUUGUCUAAUUUGGCUGUCAGUCAGAGAGAGAGAGAGAGAGCAUUGUAUCCGACUGAGGAAAGCAGGUGCCCAGUGCUGAAGCACCCUGGACAGCUCCUUGAAAGUUUGGCCUAAAAUCCGGCACGGAUUCCACUGCCCAACUGACAUCGGAGCCGCCAGCCGCCAUUGGAGGCGGCUGCCGUCAGAGCCAGCUGGGAGGUUAGCGGAGCCGAGGGGUAGAGUCGCGCAGCCCUGGCUUAAAGGGGCAUUGACAUGGUCUGGCUGGUGGUGUAGUGAGAGGUGCCUACCUGCAUCCCAGGUCUUUUCCUCAGCAGAAAAGUUUUGGGAGACACUUCCCCCCCACCCCAGACUGAGAGCUAUUUCCAGCUGCUGCCUGCCUGUGAUUUGUAGGGCCUUGGGAUUGCCUGGAGUCCCAAGGUGGAGUCUCAUAUGUGCCUAACAAAUUAAAG